CUGACACACACCGAGUCGCUCGGCCGCUUCGUUUACUACGAGAUCGUUUUUUGUGGCGAGUGGCUUGUUUGGGAUUUCCAGAUAACGCGCUGGAUUCGGCGUUUUCGGGUUUUAUUCAAGUCGGCUACCCAGAAUAGCUGCUCCUAAGCAUCUGCCCAACCUUAGGAGUUGGUGCAUAAAUUUUAGAUUUAGCUAUGGCUAACCCUAAGAGUCUUGUGGAUAUAAAUGAAGGAACUACUGUAAGUAAUUCUUCACCACAGUCUCCUCCUGGCUCUGCCCUGCUUGAAAUCCCCAUAACAUUGGACUUUGAUCCCAUGAGCUUUCAGUUUAAAGAAGAUUCCCCACUAACCUCUCCUGAUAGUCCUGAUUUUGGUGAAAUGCCAAGCCCCACCCAAAAUCCAGAUGUUGUUGACUUUUUUGAUCCCUUUUGUCCAGUCAAAGAAGAAAGCCCUACAGAUUAUUACCCAAAUGUUAUGCUAGGACAAGUAGAUAUAAAUGAGCCUGUUUUAGACCCUUUGUCUGAACAGCAGUUCUCAAGUGGUUUUUCAAAUUAUGAGAUUCAGGAAGAUAUUCUUAGUGAGUCAUGUCAGGAAGUUGUAUCAGAAGUUACUACUACAUCAGUGAGUAUUGCUGAAAACGUUGAUGAGGACAAUGAUCUACCUGAGUCUACAUUUGAUGCGGAUGAAUCUGAUGCAAUCAGUAGACCUGAACUGGACUUAUUAAGUGAAUCGGAAAAUAUAUGUAAUCAAUCCAAGCCAGUUACUGAUUUAUCUGAUGAUGCAUUAAGUAGACCAGAUGAAUUGCUUCUAGAUUUUGGUCCUAGUUCAGAAUGUUCAGCUGUAACAAGCCCUAAGUCAGAAAUAUCAGCUGAUGUUGAACUAUUAACUGAAUUGGAGCAAAGUGAAGAAGCUGUCGCCUCCCCUGAUUUUGAGCAAGUGUUUGAUGAUAACCAGCAUGAUUUAAUCUCUCAGCAUGAGCAAUAUCAAAUAUCUGAGGAUGAUGUUUCUCGAAAAAGUCGCACAAGUUCAUCAUCAUCGUCACAUACCUCAAGGAGUGAACGGACUGAAAGGAGAACAUACAAGUCUUCGGAAUCUUCAAAUAUUAUUGAAGAUAAAAAAUUAUCUAACUCAGUUUCUAUCAAGAAAGAAAAUGAAAUUCAAAAGAAAGAAAUAAUUAGUAAGAAAUCUCCUGUAAAAACAGAAACAAAUGGAUUCUCAUCUCAUAAUGGUAUUGAAAAUUCUGUUAGUUUGAAGAACAGCAUCAACUCUGAACAUGGAAAAAUAAGUUAUGAAGAUAAAUCUGAUGGUUUAGCAUCUGUAACAGAUCUGAUGUCCACGUAUGUCUCUUUAACUGCCCAAGAAAGUCAUCCUUUAACAGCCAAAGAAAUAAUCUCUACAGGAAUUGAUAUAAAAUCUUUGAAAAUGAAUUAUGCUCAGCAUGGCGAAGAAUUUAGAGGCACAUCACCUGAAAGAGAAAUUAUAAGUACUGGGAUAGAUGUCAGAGCCCUUAAAUCAAGCUUCAUUCUACCGAAAGGAGAGUUCAAGUAUAAGGACUAUGAAAUUAUACAGACUGGCAUUUCGGUCAAAAUAUUGAAAUCGAGCUUUACCAAGAGUAGUGAAGAUUCUCUACAGAAUUCCUUUCAAGAAGAAGUCAAACCAUCAGUUGAUAGAGUAAAAGUUCAACGCACAUUUAGUCAGAGUGCCCAAGAUGAUCUUUGUUUAUGCAAGAUUUGUGAAAAGCAUGUUUAUCAAAUGGAGAAAUUAAAAGCAGAGAAGAGUGUUUUUCAUAAGAACUGCUUUCGUUGUAAAGAAUGCAAUAAACUUCUGACAGUGGAUUCUUAUUCAUCUAAUGAAGGGGAUAUUUACUGCAAACCACAUUUCCGAAAACUUUUUCAACCAAAAGCAAGAUUUGAUGGAGAAGAUGGUGCCCCAAAUGAAUAUCAAAAUGAUGAAGGGAAGCAAAGACGCAAUGAAAUGAUUAUUCGAGAAAAUGUUCCAGCUGAAUUGCCACCCGACGUUGUGAGAGCUGAUUCGAAACCCGAUCACGGCCUGGAGAAUAUUCCUGUGAAUUUGAGUAGCAUCAAGUCCAAAUUUGAAACAUAUCGUGAAGAGCAUCACCUCCCAUCAACAACUGAUGUCUGCACAUUGCAAAGGUCUGCCAGUGUCAUGGCAAGAUUAGCAAAGUAUCAGUCUGCUGUAUCUGGAGGAGAAAAUGAAAAUGGAGAAGUAUCAGAAUCUGAAGAUGAAGAAGAGUGUAGUGAGGAUCCAACAGUGAUUAAACAUAGUAAACAUAAGGAAAAGGUUGUGUUUAGUGGCAUGUCAUCAUUAAAAUCUCAGUGGGAAACUGGUUCUGUUGCUGCUACUAAGGAAGAGCGUAUUGAGGAGAAAAAAGAGGAAUUGAAUAAGCUAAGACAACGUAUGUGUCUUGGUCGAUCAGAAUCCAUGAAAGCAGUUUAUGAGAAAGCUUGUCAAGAUACAUCAAAAGUAACUGCAGGCCGUACAGAUCCAGUGGAUUUAGGCCGAGAAGUAAAGGCUACUAGAAUUAAGGAGAAGUUUGAGAAAGGAGAACUUGUCAGUGAAGUGGAGGAAGAAAAUCUUGAAAAAUUUCGCAAAGAAAAAGAAGAGGAUCUUAGUGUUUUUACUGAGCCAGGUAUUGCAAAUGAUGCUAAGAAGCUAUUUAAACAAAUUGACGCUACUGUAAAAACAGCCCCUGUUACGAUAAGAUCUCCUAAUAAAUCUCCUGUUAGUGAACGUCAUUUGAGCUUUCAUUCUCCAAAUAAAGAUGUUGAUGUUAUAAAAUGUAGUGAACCUACUGAAAAAGAAGAAAUUCAUGUUGAUACCACAGAUGUUACACAGCGGUUUAAAUUUUUUGAGAAUUAUUCUGACUCUCCAAAAGAAAGGAAGCGUUUUCAAAUUACACCUCCUAGGGAACCAGUUAAAGAAGAUAGUCCUGAAAGACAACCACCACAUGAUCCUAAUGUUGUUCGGUCUGUUGAUGUAGUAGAUGAUAUACCCUCAACAGAUACUGCACGUAGAAUGCUAGAUAAAUUCAAACAGCUGGAAAAAGAAGCUCCUUCCGUUCCAUCGGGACCAAAGCCAUUGAAACGAAUUACCCCGCCUCGUGAAUAUACCAAAGUAGAUGAAAGUCAUGAUUCAUCUCCUGAACCUGAAAGAGAUCCAAGCAUUAUCCGAUCAAGUUACAGAGUGGAUGAUGAUAUUGUUGUAGAGGCAGAUAAAGCUAAAAGUUUAAGAGCUAAAUUUGAAAAUUGGGAUACUGAAUUAAGGGAAAACAGAAGAAACGAAGAAGAAGAAGAAGAAGACUUCCUUCCUCAAGUUGAUACUACAAAAACUCUAAGGGCAAAGUUUGAAGCUAUUAAAGAAGAUACUUUAAAGCCCAUUGAAAAACCAAAGCCAAAAGUGAAUAGAUUUAUUUAAAUGCCAAGAAUUUCUGUAAAUCUGAAUGAAGUGCUACUGAAAGCGAUCCAUGGAGCAUAAGUGUUGCUCAGUCAUCCAUCUAUUGACUGAACUCUUGCUGUUUAUUGAUGAAUGCUGCCUUGCUUAUAUAUCAAGGUUUACUCUGAAGCAGGCAAAUGCAUUCCUCUUCCAUGCCAUCUGCCAUGAUGUAAUCCAUCAAGAUAAACUGUUGAUUCUUUUUGUUCAAGUUCCUUCAUUAGGACUUAUUCUGACACAUGCUUCAAGUAUAAUUCCGAUGCAUCUGUAGCAAGCAUUCAAAAGAGCUAAUUUCGACAAAACGUUUUCUUUAAUUGUGCCAAAAUGUGUUGGAGUAGAGCUGUAUUAAUUCAUUCUUUUAAAACUUUCUCAGAUGGACUUACUUUCCAAAAAGAAAAAUUUUCAAUCAAUUUUAGCUUUUUCAGUGAAGUAAUAAAAGUACACAAAAAUGCAUAUGUACAAAUAAUAAUAUUUUUUUCUGUUUAUGAUUUUAAAAAGUUAAUUCUUCUUUUAAAAACAAAAAGAAAAAAAGCUUUAUUUUUUUGUUCGUAUUAUGUGCUGUUAUAAUUUACAUGCUCGAAUCCUGAGGAUAAUCUUUAUAUGUUGUGGAGAAAUAAUGAAUUGUACUGAAAUGUGAGGUUUGCAUUGAUGUGCUGAAUUUUUGAAACAUAUAUAGUGUUUCAUAAUCAACUCUUACACAUUUUUUGGCCUUUUUAAAUUUUCUAUUUCAGGAAAAUAUUUUGUGUUAAUGAAAUAAACUGUUAGUAGCAAUUUAAGAUACUGAUGUUUGAUUUGUAUAAUUUUUGUACACCUGGCAAAAAAAAAUAAAAUUUUUGAAAAAAAAAAAAA